AUGGAGAGUUUUCUGUGGCCUCUGUUAAUCUUCCAUGCCAUCGUAGGCAUUGUUGGUUUACCAGGCAAUGCUCUCAUCAUAUUGGUGUAUGGCAAGAAACGACAAUUAAUGAGCCCACACGUCUUCAUCCUCGCCUUGGCUGUAGCGGACCUGAUCAUCUGCCUCUUCACUCCCAUAACCAUCUACCACUGGUACAUCAAACUCAACUACACCAGUGACUUUUUGUGCCGUCUCGUUGUCAGUGUGACUUUUAUCACCGUCUACAACUCUUGUUUCUUGACAUCUGCAAUAGCUGUAGACCGAUACCAGGCCAUAUGCCGACCGCACCGGCGCUGGAUGACGGUCCAGCGUGCCAAAUAUGCAGCUUUGCUCUGUCUGGUCUUGGCAAUGUUCUGCGCUGUGCCGGUAUUUGCGUCAUACCAUGUCCAACGUGAAGGUGAGUCUCAGACUGGCAUUUGCACCAUCAGCACCAAAGUUCCGAGUUGGGUGAAGUACCUGAAGUUCUCAGUCACCUACGUCGCCCCCGUUUCCUCAAUUGUCACAAAUACCAUCUUGUAUGCCAAGAUCUACUUUGCUAUUCGAAAGCAAGCCGCAGUUCGGCCAGGCGCAGUGCCCUCAAACAAGGUGGUGACAGAAACGACCCCUCCGCAACCCAAUCAAGAAUUACAAGGAACAGUGUCCUACAUUGGCAUUCAAUCUGAACGUUACAUAGACGGUCCUUGCACCACAAAGCACUCAAACGUAAUUCCUAACUUUAAGGGUGCCUUGACACAUCAACACCAAAACAACCAAACUGAUGGACCACCGCCCAAGACCAACCGCCAUACUAAUGAUGUCACUGAAGUUGCACUUAAUGACCCCAAUAAAAAUCAUCAAUAUGCGUCCGCCAAGUUUAACGGUAAGACAACCAAGAUGCUAGUUAUCACUACUGUGGUCUACUUUUCCACCUGGUUGCUGGGCAUCAGCCUCAUGUCUAUACCUAGACACACCCAGAAUUACAUACUUGAGCACGACGAGGUUGGCGCUGCUUUCUUCCAUACGUUUAGUUUCGUAUUCUAUGUAAACAACGCUGUCAAUCCGUUCAUCUACGGAUUUGUCAACAGUCGAUUUCGACAGGAGUGUAAGGAGACAAUGAAAACUGUUCGGUGCCACAGUACCUGAAGUCCGUACUUGCAUUCGAUUUCAAAUGUAUAUUGAAUUCAAAUACUGA